AUGAACUCCAAACACUCCUCCGACUGGAUUCCCUACAGCACUUUAGAUGACGAGGGCACCAACCUCCGACAGCAGAAACUGGACAGACAGCGCGCGCUCCUUGAACAGAAGCAGAAGAAGAAGCGGCAGGAGCCCCUGAUGGUCCAGUCUAAUGUGGACGGGAGGUCUCGCACUCGUCGGACCAAACAGAGCGAGGAACAGGCUCCGCUGGUGGAAUCCUACCUCAGCAGCAACAGCAGCACCAUCUACCACGUGCAAGAAGCUGAACAGGAGGAGGUGAAGGUGAUAGCAGACACACAGCCGCCUCGUUCAGCCAAAAAGGGCAAAGCAUCUGCCAGCUCCACUCCGCAGACAGGCAGCGACAAGAAGGAGAGGAAGGGGAAGCACAAAGCAAUCGAUGGCCUGGCUUCCCAGCAGGAUGACGGUCAGAUCCAGAUUCUGACAGUGGGUCAUCCCACCACAGAGGAGGGCGAGGCAGAGCCUGUCAUGAGCUGCACUCAGUCACAAAGUAAACAGGAUCUCCGCAUCACCAUGCUAAAAAAAGGUAUAUCCAGCAGUAUGAAUUUUGAUGAAGAAGAGGACGAUGAAGAUGAAAUUAGCUCCAGUUCCUCACAGCUCAACAGCAACACGAGACCAGGUUCCGCCACUAGUAAGAAGUCAUGCAAGGAGGUAGCGUCAGCACCCACUCCACCAGUCAGUGAACCAGCCAUCGAUGUAGAUGACCUUGAGGAGUUUUCUCUACGCCCUGCACCCCAGGGGGUCAGAGUGAAGUGCAGAAUUACCAGAGACAAGAAGGGCAUGGACAGAGGCAUGUACCCCACCUACUACCUUCACCUGGAGAGAGAGGAUGGCAAGAAGGUGUUCCUGUUAGCUGGCAGGAAGAGGAAAAAGAGUAAAACAUCAAAUUACCUCAUCUCCAUUGAUCCCACUGAUCUGUCUCGAGGUGGAGAGAGCUUCAUUGGUAAACUGAGGUCUAACCUCAUGGGAACUAAGUUCACUGUAUAUGACAGCGGUCUGAACCCUAUGAAGAGCACCACCAGCCUGGAAGCUAGCAACUUGCGUCAAGAGCUAGCAGCCAUUUGCUAUGAAACCAAUGUCUUAGGAUUCAAAGGGCCUCGCAAAAUGAGCGUCAUCAUUCCUGGAAUGAACAUGGACCAUGAGAGAGUGUCUAUUCGGCCACGAAAUGACCAUGAGUCACUGCUGGCCAGGUGGCAGAACAAGAACACAGAGAGUGUGAUUGAACUUCAUAACAAGACGCCUGUGUGGAACGAUGACACACAAUCCUAUGUGCUCAACUUCCAUGGCAGAGUCACUCAGGCCUCUGUCAAAAAUUUCCAAAUCAUUCACGACAAUGACCCUGACUACAUUGUGAUGCAGUUUGGCCGUGUGGCAGAAGAUGUCUUCACGAUGGACUAUAACUACCCAAUGUGUGCCCUGCAAGCCUUUGCCAUUGCCCUUUCCAGCUUUGACAGCAAGUUAGCCUGUGAAUAG